AGAGGCGGGAGGGAGUGUUCAACCUCCCUGCUCCACCCUCUGCCUCUGUCAGCCUGCACAACACAAAUACCGCUGCUGGCUUGCCGCCCCUCGCCCCUGCUAUGCUCUGCCGGGUCUCCACGGGUCGUCAAUUCAGUGUUGCUGCCCAACCAGCGGCGCGUCCCCCCAUGUCCUGCUGCCCACCGCAAAACGGGGCUGUAAAGCUCAAGCCUACACCUCCUGCAGCCGUUGCAGGGCCCGCCUCGGGCAUUCAGGAGCUGCUGGAGGCCAAGCAGCUGGGGGACAACCAGCAGGGGGUGCUGGACAGCGUGAAAGAGUACUAUGGCGAGGUGCUGACUACCAGCGAGGAUCUGAAGACGUCGGCGUGCUGCACGGCGGGCUCGCCGCCGCCGCUGGUGCGCGAUGCGCUCAAGAAGGUGCCGGAUGAGGUGAAAGCCAAGUACUACGGCUGCGGCUCGCCCUUCCCCAUGGGCAUCCAGGGCCUGCGGGUGCUGGACCUGGGGAGCGGCAGCGGGCGUGACUGCUACGUGUGCUCGGCGCUGGUGGGCGAGGGCGGCAGCGUGACGGGCGUGGACAUGACCCCUGCCCAGCUGGCGGUGGCUAGAAAGUACGCCGAUGAGUACUGCACGCAGACGCUGGGCUACGCGCAGCCCAACAUGCGGUUUGUGGAGGGCGAGAUUGAGUACUUGGACAAGGCAGGCAUCCCAGACAGCAGCGUGGACCUCAUCAUCUCCAACUGCGUGAUCAACCUGUCCCCCGACAAGGCGCGGGUGCUGCGGGAGGUGUACCGCGUGCUGGCGCCAGGUGGCGAGAUGUACUUCAGCGACGUGUACUGCGACCGCCGCCUGCCCGCCGAGGUGCGCACCCACCCUGUGCUGCUGGGCGAGUGCCUGGGGGGCGCGCUGUACACCCAAGACUUCCUGCGGCUCUGCCGCCAAGUGGGCUUCCUGGACCCGCGCACCCUCAGCAGUGCCGAGAUCGAGGUGCGGGACCGCGAGCUGCGUGAGCUGCUGGGCGACGCCCGCUUCUUCUCCAUCACCUACCGCCUCUUCAAGCUGCCCGAGGCCAUCGAGACGCUGUGCGAGGACUACGGGCAGGCGUGCAAGUACAAGGGCACCAUCCCGGGCGCCCCACACAGCUAUGCCCUGGACGACCACCACACCUUCCAGACCGGCAAGUGGUACGAGGUGUGCGGCAACACAGCUGCCAUGGUGGGCGACAGCUGGAUGGGCAAGCACUUUGAGGUGGUAGGAGACCGCAGCACGCACUACGGCCUGUUUGCCUGCGGCCCUGCGCCAGCUGCCGCGCCGGCGCCAGCAGGCGGCGCAUGCUGCUGAGUGGUUGAGCACUGUCAGUCUAUCCUCUGUUCCUCUGCUUUUUGACUUGACAAGCCUCCCAAACUGCUGUCUGCUCAGCUGUUCCCUUUCUGAAUGGCUCCUCAGCGGUGCUACACCUCUAUUACGUGAACCCACCCCUGGUAAGCCAUUGUUGUGUAAACUUACAAGUAC